ACAAGACGAGCUGCGUGUCUCAGACGUCGCGGGGGGAGAUGCUGGACCAAACUCUUUGUCCUUCUCCGUCCUUUCGGCUGUGAAUGUGCUUGGGGGGGCCGGAGGGGAAGAAAUAAAAUCCCGCAGCUGGAUUACACGCUUAUCAGGAGACGGUCCACCCCUAAAAUGAGCAGGAUCUCCUCAUGUGCCCUCAAACUAUGAACAGGCAGCAACAGGAUUCGGGAGAUACAGGUCUCUGACUGGGUGUCACCUGGAGCAAAGGCUCUGGAGUGACCCACACCAUGAUGACCCAGAAGGCCAGAGGCGUAACGUCGUCACCACCCUCCCUCCGGCGGAAGCCUCGUUUUACCUUAUGUGGACGAAAGAAGAAGAGCGGAGUGAUCCGGGGCAAGCUUCGCCUACGUUCCAUUGCCGGAGCCUUCCUGGUGUUGGGGGUAAUUGUGGUCAUGGUGGGUAUCGCUCUGGCUGUGGCGGGAUAUCGAAUGUCACGUUUUUCCAUCCUGGGAGCCACAGAGGGGAACCAUGUCUCUGAGCCGCAGAGGAAGUGGGGUAUGGGGGCUAAGAGCUUCCUGUCGACAGUCAGCUUGAUCCACAGUGAGCGGAUGAAGCUGCUGGGCCCAGUCAUAAUGGGAGUGGGACUCUUCAUUCUCAUUUGUGCCAACACAGUCUUGUAUGAGAAUCGCGAUAGAGAGACUCAGAUGUUGAUGGCCCAGAUGCGCAGUGUAAUCUGCUCUGUGUCUGCCGCCGUUCCCUCAGCAGACCUACAAGAUAUCGCGGCAGCCAACUCAAUGGCGAAACAUCAGUGGGUGAGCAGUUUACCGGCUGCCCAACUCAACAGCUUCUGUCGAGAGCAGUUGGCAAGUUCUGAACCCCUGUUGCAGACCAGACCUGGUAACAACCAGAGGGACAGCGUGGAGGGCGUCUACCAGCAAGCAGUCCUGCAGACAGAAGCCCUCCACCAUCAAGAGUCGGUGCCGCCGACUUCAACCAACUUCUCCUCGUGCAACUCCAGCCAGACUGACAUCAACACACAGUUUGAAACUGAGCUGGGUUCCAGUUUCAAAACCCAACCAGAACCGUUCGGAAAGCUCAGUAAUUGCCUGAUGUCUGCCAGCUCCAUGUCCACCCUUGGGAUGGACGAUGUGGAUAUCCCAGCUGCUCAGCCUCGACGCUGCCAUAGCAUGAGCUACAGGACUAAACCUUCCAUGGCUCGAACGGUUUGGUCUACGGAAAAAACACUCAUUAGGGAGGAGGAAUAUACCAAACAACCAGCGGUUAUGAGACGAGACCAUUGCAUUAACAUUCCCGGGCAGGUUAUGGAUGUCACGGAGGAGCAGACUCACCAAAGCUGGCCUCGGUUAGACCUUGGCAUUGGGCGACGGUACCUGAAAUUGGAGAACAAGGAAGACUCGGUCGACAAACUGCUGGACCAGUUAGAGCAACAGUGUUCUCAGUGGGAUAAGAGUUUUGGCUCUGGACCAUUCCAGUGAUGCUUGAUUUUCAUGGUCCGAAGGAUACUUUUGGACCCAAACAACCAUUCAUGUUCUUACCAUAACUAAGCUCUGGAUCAAUUGGAGCUCUAGUGUUUGUCAAUGAAGAAACUUAAGCUUGUUGUCAACUUUCAGUGAAAUAUUAACCAACAGACUUUAUGCUCUUUGAGGCACUUAUAACUGUAGGAGAACACACUGACCAGAUACUGUCAUUAAUGAGCAAAGGUAUUCUGCAGAGCGUUCAGGUUGGCAGCAGUAUGCAGCUUUGUCUAGUUCCAUGCCCAGCGGAGGGUCGGUUUUCACUGUGCAGUCCUAUUUCAACCUAACUACCUGGUCUCCUGGACCCACCAAGUGUUGAUUAACAAAUGCAACUAAUGUAUAAAAAGAUCCUAUUCUCCAAAUACAAUGCAUGUCAGUUGUGUAUUGUACAAUAUGCUAUAUGUUAAUAAUUAUGCAGAAACGUGUCUGUUGGUGUUAUGUGUACAAAUCGUCAGUUCCAGUUAAAGGCGGAUUCCAGUUUAAUGCAACGUUGGUCUUAUCUGUUAUAGUAGGUACUAGCACAAAGACAAAGAAGCUAUGACAUAAUAUUUGGAUAUUCUUCCUCAUUUUGUAACAGUUCAAGAUAUUUUGAAAUACACAGUCUGUUAAGCUGUGUUCAUAAAAUUAUGUUACAAAGGUUUUUGAUGAAAAUUAAAGGGGAACUUUAACUUUUUUUUGUAAUUUUGCCUAUAAUUCACAGUCUUUAUGAGAAACAAUAAUACAUGUUUUUUUUAAUGCAUUUUAACUCGUAAAUAAACGUAAAUAAAAUCCUGCUUCCAGUCCGGUCCUCUUUUCCGCCCCGAAAACCUACUAAAAACAUCCAAAAACCGCCUACAAUACUCCAUUUACAUUUUGUGACCUGAAUAUUGACCAAGUGCUAACAUUAAAGACCUAUUAUUAGCGGACCAUUGUCACAGAGAGCUAACUUCUUUAUGCUGCUAUAUUGACGUCAUCAGCUGGAGAGCUGCUCCCUGGCCUCGGAGCUCCUGAAAGUUUAUUCUAAAUGACUAAUCGUGCCUCUCACCUGUGCAGUAAAAGGAUGAGGACAUAAUCUGCAAAGAUGGUCCACUUUGACAGGAAAUGUUAGACCCUCAAAUGGUGAAGAAGACCCGAAAAGACGCUUGGUUCCGUCCCUUUUUUCCUUAGAAAAAAAAUCACAUUCAGAAAAAAAUGACAAAAAGGAGAGGACUUAGGCCGCUUCUACACUAAGCUGGCUAAUGUUUUCUAGGCUAUAUCCCACCUAACCUUAUCCUUGUCCACACACACACACA